CUACAAAAUUCAUAGCAUAACAAAUACAACGUCUUAGAAUAGAAAAACAAAAGAACUUGGCAAGUUGGACAUCCCCAAUAGAUCCCUUCGCGGUCGGGUGUGCGCGGCCUCUAUUGAGAAUAUUUUUUGUAAGGUUUGAAGAUGUUGUUGGGUGUUUGUAAGCAAUGUGUGGUAGGUAGUAGGUGCCGUUCACCCUGCAGCGUGCUCGUGUCUAUUGGUAGCGACAAGGAACGUUCGUUCACCACGCUGCGCGCUGCGCCGCUCCAACAAGUGACACAAUUUGGGUUGGGGUAAAGCGGCCGGCGCUUUCGGGCGGUGUACACGUUUCGUUAGCUUCUCUAUUUUAAAAACUACUUGCUUGACGAUAUCCGGGAAGGGACCGACCGCAUCACCGCGGCGUCGACUCCGCACGCACCACUGUCACUCAUUUUCGAUGCAGUCGACCUGCGUACGCGUCGUUGGUCGCUUCGCGCGCACGCGCGUCCGCCUUCAUGCACUUAACACAUUUUGAUAGUUAAUAAGUUUUAAACGUGCAGAGGUAAAUGAACUUGUAAUAAACAAAGUGCCUUUUACAAUCGGAGGAUGUCUGUUACGAAAAGGUGAUAUUUGUGGUGCCAGUUGAUAAUUUAUAGUUACCAUGAGCGGGAGGGAAGGCGGAAAUGCAGUUCCCUCUUCGAGUGCAGCUGGCGCGAGCGGCAACGCCGUCACAGGGGUGACGCGCCGCGGACGGUGUAAGUGGUUCAACGUCGCGAAGGGCUGGGGGUUCAUUACCCCUGACGAUGGCGGGCAAGAUGUUUUUGUACACCAGAGCGUCAUCCAGAUGCCAGGUUUCCGGUCCCUGGGCGACGAGGAGGACGUGGAGUUCGAGUGCAAGGAGUCCGACAAGGGGCUGGAGGCAACGCGAGUCUCCGGGCCCUCGUCAGUGGACUGCCAGGGCUCGCACCGGCGCCCCGUCUCCAAGAAACGGUUCAGAAAGAUACGUUGCUACAACUGUGGGGAGUUCGCUAACCACAUAGCAGCCAAGUGCAGCAUCGGGCCACAACCAAAGAGAUGUCACAACUGUAAGAGCGAGGACCACCUCAUUGCCGACUGUCCCGUUAAGGUCGAGAAAAAGAAGGACGAGGCGGGUAAGACCAGUUCUAGCAGUUCUCCCGGGGGCCAGCAGGACAGCCCACCGCACUCGUAAAUCCGCCACCCAUCAUAUUCCAAGCUCUGACGAACCUCGACAUCUAACGGCAUUUCUUCUCUUCUAAUUCUAUGUUAACACGUUUAUAUAAGUUUAGACAAAGCUUAUUUCCUACAUAUUCCAUUCCAAAUCGGCAACUUCGUUCAAUUAACAGACUUUACUUCUUUAAAAAUUUUGUCUGCAACAAAUGUUAACAUUGAAACGUGUCUACCUCAAUAUAGUUACAGAUAAACUAUACAAAUAAGUACAAGACUGAACGGUACAAAUCCAUAAUUCUAGUACAAACUAUACAAUAUAUACUUACAUAAUAAUUUUAAUGAUAGUGUUAUUACAAUCUAAGUUUGCAAACCUAACGUAAGUACAAAUUUUAUGUGUUCGAGUGUCAAUAUCUUAAUUAUUUUACUUAUAUUGGUAUUAAUCCAAAGUUAAGUGUGUGUUCAUAUUAUCAUUAUUUUGUUGCUAUAUUAUAUUAUGACAAACCUUAUGUUAAAUCGUAGCUCAUAAAAUGUAUUUUAAGCUAGAAGUAUUAUGACUGGCUAUGAGAAAAAUUAUAAGGUUUUACAUACGCUUAACAAACGCAAUCGAAGCAACUGGAUACCUCAAUGUUAAAUAGUAUAAUUGAAAGGAAAAAAUGGUACAAAAUGUGAAUCUGAAUGCAGGAAAUAUGUUAUAAUAAUCUAAACUAAAAUAAGGCUAAAAAGUAACAUUUUCUUAUCAUUCUAUGUAAACGUUCAAGUGAAUGUGCCAAAGUCUAUUUGAAAUUGUUGCAAUAAUUGUAAUAAAAAUGUAAUUGUUAAGUGUAGAUUCCGGUUCAAAAUAUAUCUUAUAACUUGCCCUAGUAUAGUUUAAAACUAUGACAGAUUGCAGAGAAAUGUUAAUAUUCUGCUUAUAUUAGCAACAUUCAUAAUAUUUGCAACUUAUGUUGCUCAAAUACCUGUGUAGUACAAACAAAUAUUAAGUGUAAGUAAGAAAUCCUAACACCUGUAAAGUUCAACUUAAAUAUACUUUUAUCAUGUAUUACAUAUUAGAUAAAUUACUAAGUAGUUGACAUCUUAAUGACAAAAAGUUAUGUGAACUUAAUUUUUGCUGUAGAAUGUCGAAUUCAAUUAAGUAAAAAAAAAUGCGCUGAUUCAACCUAAAUUUAGAGCUAUAUUUUAUUAACUUGUAGCGAAAAACAAGAAUGACGAUUGAACUAACUUAGAAAUUUAAUGUCAUAGAAGUAUAAAAAAGCCCUCUUUUUUAAUACAUGCUCUAAGAAUCGUCGGAUUAAAAAUGACAUUUCUAAUGUUGGUAUAUUAGUUUGUCAAUCUAGUUAGUUUGAGUUGAAAAUAAAGUUGUCAUCUGUUUAAUGAAUCAACGAAUUUAUGUUUGAUAGUUUCUUGAUUCAGUUUCGUUACUAGUAGAGACUUUGUUUAAAUAUAAUCACCGGUAAAAUUCAUUCUGUAAAAAGUAUUCAGCUUUUAGAGUUAAACUGUAACUUGUAACAGUUUAAGCGAUUUUGUUUAUAUGGUAAGAGGACUCUAAAAACACAAAGAAACAAUUUAUUACUGAUUCAUUCAUGUUAAAGCAAAUUUCGAAAUUAUUUAAGAACUGUAACAAAUUCAAAUUUCAAAUUGAAUGGAAUAUUUCUCGUAUUGAAAACCAUCAACAUAUCAAAAGUGUAAUGUUCAGUGAGUUGUUUCAGAUAGGUUCAGUUUAAAAAAAACUAACUCUUAGUAGAUCAUACAACUCAACUUUAAAUUAUUGGGCAAAUUGCAAAUCAAAAUCAAAAUUUUUAAUUUGUUGUACACUUUACGAUGUAAUAUUAUGUCUAACACGAAAUGUAAUUAAGUAAAGGCAUUUUGAAUAGCAUGUCAUUAUUCACACAAACUUGUAUGGAAGGUUAAAACAAUAAGGAGAAUAAUAAUCUACCUCAAUAUUUAUAAAUAUAACUUAGUUAUUUUAGUUAAGGUUUUUUCACUGUAUUUUUUUAGGUUUAACAAUUGACUGCCGCAGCCAGUUCGAACUUCGAUAUUUAUGGGCCCACUGAAACUGUUUUCUUUUAUUUCUAUUUUUUUUCAAAGGUUAAUAUUAAGAAUAAUCUACUAAAAUCACAAUGAAGCCAAUUGCACAUCUCUUUGAUAUAAUUUAGGUACAAUUAUUGAGUAACGUCCGCCUGCGUUAGAUACCAAUGAAUUAAGGAUUUCGCUUUAGUAAUAUUUAUCUUCAAAUAACUUUGUAUAAACAAUAGUUAAGGUUUAAUUAUUUUUGUAUCGAGUAAUUCUAUGGAGUGUUGAAAGUUUAAUAUUGGAUAACUGCAGUUAUGGCUCAGUGGACAGUGGCGCCUCCUAUACUCUGUGUAGUAACUAAAUCAACAGUUAUUAUUCGAAGAAAAUUACGUAAAGUAGAAAGUAAAGUACUAUUAAAAAUUUCAUCGCCACAUUGGAAUACAGAAAUCUGUAGAUUAUAGAAUGUAUCAAGAAGCAUUAAAGUACUCAGUACUUUCAAGUUUUGAUUCAGGUUUUUUGUAGAAUAUUCACAGUACAUGUAAAAGAUUGUUAUUGUCAUAGUAUGUAGUCGGUGUGACAUCACGGUAGAGGCAGAUCGGUUUAGAGAUACUUAUUAUUAUACACUACGGGUCUUUUUGCAUUUCAUUUUAUAUAGCAGUAGUUGUAAUGUAGUUAUUUAUAAGAUUUUAAUGAAAGACUAUUUGCAAACAUCUACCUCAUAAUUUAAUUACGUUAAAUACAUAGAGUUUAUUGAUAAGUUAAUUAACAUUUAUAAAUUCUAGCAAUUAUUAUUUUCCAUAAUUAUAUCUUUGCUGAAUGCCGAAUUUCUUUCUUAGAGUUUAAAUUUUGUUUUUUUUUCAUUAUUAUUAUUAUUCAAAGAAAAUAAAUCAUAAAAAACAG